GAUCCAAGCAGGGUGCAUGAAGUGGAGAGCAGCUUCUGGAGUCAUGUGCGACAAGAGGAUCCCGCUAAAACCGAAAGGCAAGUUCUACAGAGUGGCUAUUAGACCGGCUAUGGUACACGGGUUAGAAUGUUCGUCCCGGAUGGAGGUGGUUGUGCUAAGGUGGAUUUGCGGGAAGAAACUAUUAGAUAGGUACCCCACAGGAGUUUUUAGAGAAGAACUUGAAGUAGGAUCCAUCAUUAACAAGCUAAGGGAAGGACGCUUAAGAUGGUUUGGUCAUGUCAGGAGAAGAGACCAAGCUGCUCCAAUAAGGAGAGUAUAAUCUAUCCACGUUGACGGUGUAAGAAGAAGUGGAAGGCCAAAGAUGAGGUGGGAGGAGCGACUAGCGAAGGACCUAAAAGCUCUGAUGCACGGAAACGUCCAGAAGGUAGCGUACCCCGUAUCGGAAACUCGUCGGGGACGGAAUUACCUAUGGGGACGGCUGCGAAACGUUUCUUGGCCGUUUCCAAAAAUUUGGGGACGUUCCUUGACUGCUUCGAUAAGUCAACUGGCGUUUCUUCACCGUUUCUAGUUUUGGGGACGUCUUCGGUCUUCAUCUUCUUCAAAAGGAAUUUCAUGUUUAACUUGGCCACCAUUAUUACGGAACAAAAAGGGUUUUACUUACAUCCAAGGGCGGAACUACCUUGACACAAGGUAGGUCCAUAGACCUAUGUUGGAGAUAUGAAACCUAAAGGGUGUUUGAACGAUAGAAUUGAACAUUGAAACUGAAGCUUUGUUGUUAAUGGCGGAUGAAGAAGAAAACUAUAGUACUUUGUCUUAUCGAGGUCACAUGUGUGUAUUACUUUUUUAUGUGGAGGGGAGUAAAAUAUUAAAAAGGGGGGUGAAUUUAUAUAUAGACAGGUGUAAUGCUCUAAUGGAUGGAUGGAGUUUGAGAUAGAUGGAUGAGAUUUAGGAUUAAUCUGACCAAGGCUUUAACUAUAAAAUGUUUUUUAAAUAUGAAGAGCAUACGUUGACUUAUUUGUAGCCACCAGAACUUUGUUUUUAAAAUCAUAUUUACAUGUAGUGGAAUUGUUUUAAAAGAGCUUGGCUUAUCGGAGGACAUGACGUCGGAUAUGAUGGCCCGGAGAACUAAGAUUAGAGUAGAGGAUUAGGUUAGGGUAGAUAGCUGAGUGACUAAGAUCGACAUUUUUUUCCCAUAUGGCUUUGCCCAAGGAUGUGAGGGAUGGUUGGGCCUGGAGAAGUGGGCCCAACUUAGGUGACUCGAUGUUACGAAGGGGUUUGACCUAACAAAUUAAGAGGUAGGUCGAUGAAGGGAGAAGGACAGGAUACCAAAUGCUCUAAAGGAGGUCCCUAGCGGAGGACGUGGACAAGGGGCGAAAGGCAUAUGGGAUUAGAUUAUGUAGACUAUUUACUUAGACUUGUUACUUAGACUUUGGUUUUCAGUGACCUCUGUAUUGGUUUUGGCCUUGUGUAGAGGUAGGCCUAAACCGAGGGGGGAGGUCACGCACUCACGCUAGGCUGACCCCAAAAUGCUUGUUUGUCGGAGGACAUGACCAUUGAAAGAGGAUUUAGAGGACUAGGAUUAGUUUAGGGGUUUGAGAGUAUAUGUGAGGAAUAGGAUUUAGUCUAGCUAGGCGGCCUUAGUACUUUGUUCCAUAGGGUGUUUAGCACCAGUUAUCUUUCUUGCACGGUUGGUUCCAUUUUUAUAUGCAUGUAUGCAUGUCGUUUCCUUAUACCAUGUUGGCUAGUGUAUAUGUAUUGUGGAACCUCUGCUAAAGUACGUUAGGUUGAAUGCUUGCUACUCUCCCACGCUUAGAGACAGGUAUGUCCUUCUUUGCUAUCGGCGACCGACAGUUUUUCAAGGAUAGACAUUACUUGGAGAAGGAUUGGGGGCAAUACUUUUAUGAUGAUAAUGCCAAUGGAAGACUCAUUUUAUUUGAGGCUGGCUGUGGAGCUGGUAAUACAAUAUUUCCUCUUGCCAAGAGUUAUCCUCAACUUUUUGUUCAUGCUUGUGAUUUCUCACAUCAUGCAAUCUCCCUUGUUAAGUCGAAUCCAAAGUUUCGUGAAGAUCAAAUGAAUGUUUUUGUUUGUAAUAUUGCAGAAGACAAUCUCUGCGACCACGUUGCAUCCGCAUCCGUUGAUGUUGUGACAUUAGUUUUUACACUGUCUGCAGUUUCUCCCGAGAAGAUGCCCACUGUCAUACAAAACAUUAGAUGUGUAUUGAAGCCUAAUGGUCAUGUUCUUUUACGGGAUUAUGCUGUUGGGGAUUAUGCUCAAGAGAUGCUAAUAAAAAAGAAUCAAGUUAUUAGUGAAAACUUAUAUUUUCGUGGAGAUGGCACUUCUUCCUUCUACUUCUCAGAAGAUCAUUUGUCAAAUUUAUUUGUAACAGCUGGAUUUAGUCUAGUGGAUGUGAAUACAUACAACAGAGAAAUAAAAAAUCGAGCUCGAAAUAUUACCAUGCAGCGGUUUUUGUUUUUAUUAAUUUCCAGCGAGUCAAACGGGUGAAGUUCAAUCAAAAUAAGUUAAAAAGGCAGGAUAAAUAGAUUGAGCAGGUCAAAAGUGUUCCAAAGAGUAGUUACAGUUUAUAAAACUUAUUGAAUCGUUUUAUUCAAAUAGUUGUAACAUUAGUAAUGUAAUAUAAUUUUUGUUAUCAUAAUACUAAUUGGUUAUAGAAAAGUUAAAAAUUUGGACUA